CAUAGGUACAGUUUUCUUCACCACUUAUAUAUAUAGGUUAAAUAUUUUUUUGGCGCUUUUUGGUUAGGGCGAUGAAGAAGAUACUUGGGAGCUCGAGAGCCGCCAUUGCGACCACCCUUUUUUGCUUACUGUUGUUGUGGUUUCAUACGAUGAGCCUCAGCAUGUCGUGGAUUUCCAGGAUAAACAACAUCAUUGCAGCCACGUCCUCCCCCACCUAUACCUUCAACAAUAAUCAAGAAACACGUGUUCAAAUACGAACUGUGGCAAGUCAGCAGAACCACCAACUUCUUCCACGUGGCGUUCUUCCAAUGAGUUACCAAUUCAGCUGCAACCGUACCUAUCUUCGCUAUGAUCUCUGCACGAUCGACGGCUCGACUGUCUUGGACCCCACAACCUCUACAUUCUUUACCAUGGACCCCACUAGCCCCGUCCACGUGGAGAAAAUCAGGCCCUACCCAAGAAAAUACGAAGACUACAUCAUGGGCCAAAUCAAAGAGCUUAAUCUAGUAUCGGGCCCAUCAAGCCCACAAUGUACGAUCCGGCACGAGUCUCCGGCCAUUGUAUUCAGUGCGGGAGGGUACACUGGAAACUUAUUCCAUGCUUUCAAUGAUGGAUUGAUCCCCCUCUUCAUCACCGCAAGCUCCUUCUACCCUGACGGUGAUUUCAUCAUCGUGGUCUCGGAGUUCCAUGAUUGGUGGCAAAGUAAGUAUGCAGAAAUACUUAAGGUUCUUAGCAAACACCCGAUUGUUGCCCUCGAAAAGGAUAACGCCACUCACUGUUUUCCUUCAGCCACUCUAGGGCUCAUAGCACAUGGUUUCAUGACUAUAGACCCAACGCUAAUCCCAACCUCAAAAACACUGAUGCAUUUCCGGGAUCUCCUAGAAAAAGCCUAUACCCAAAAUCCUAUUCUACCCUCUCCUCCCCUUGAUCCAAAACCCGAACGCCGUCCACGCCUCGUUUUAACAUGUCGAGGCAACGAUGUGUCAUCACGAAGGAUACUAAAUCAAGAUGAAGUGAUUCAAGUAAUGAAAGAAAUAGGGUUCGACGUUAUCGUGUUCCAACCAAACCGUUACACAUCCCUCAGCGAGGCAUAUGCAAUGUUGAAUUCAAGUCACGUGAUGGUUGGAGUGCACGGCGCGGCCCUCACGCAUGCAUUGUUCCUUCGGCCAAGGUCAGUGUUCAUGCAAGUGGUACCGAUCGGGACUGAAUGGGCAGCAGAUGCGUUUUACGGGAGAAUAGCUAAAGGGUUAAAUGUGAAUUACUUGGAAUAUAAAAUAAGGGUCGAAGAAAGUAGCUUAAUGGAAAAGUAUGGGAAAGAUAAUGUGUUGUUAAAAGAUCCAUCAGCAGUUCAAAAGAAAGGGUGGCCAACUGAGAUAAUGGACAUUUAUUUGAAGCAACAAAAUGUGAAGCUUGAUUUGGUAAGGUUUAGAAAAAGCUUGAAGAGUGCUUAUUUAAUGGCAAAGAAGUUUAUGCAUAAGGAAAGAUAGUUCAUUCUUUUAUCAUAGAGAUCCAAUUAUAGGAGAACACCAUUUGUGUUUAUAUGCAAAAUUUGUAUUUUGAUCUCAAUUUGUGUUAAUUUUGCGUUCAUUGACGACAGCUUGUAUAUGCUUCCGUUUUUAUUUUGAAAUUUUAUGUACUUUUUUUUU